AGUUAGAGAAUCUAAAAACAAAUUUCGUGCUGCCCUCUACUUUUUUCUUAAAAAAAAGUGGACAGCAAGAGGCAAGACGACGCGAUGUGUAUCACUCGAUUUUUUUAGAAAAUGGAGGGCUAAUUACGGCGCGUUUUUAACUUUUCAUCGAACGUUUUGUAAGAUUCGGGUGAAUAUACAAAGUAAUUAGUCUUCCGAGAUCUAGUCUACCUCUAAUGGUCUCAAGUUGAACAUCCUAGUUUCAUCAAUUAGCUCAUUAUGGUGAAGCGAGGUUCAACCACAGCCAAGCGAGGAAGGAAGCCAGCUGCCUCACUCGAAAGCAGUAGCAAUCCUACAAAUGAAGUAGUUGCUGUUAAUCAGCAACAAGCAGUUAUCCCAAAAGGAGCUGUAACAAAUAAAACAAAAAGCUCUUUUAGAGGAAAACUUUCACAUACCAGCCCAAUACUGGAUUCAAGCUCACGAGAAAAGAAAAUCACAGUUUAUUUUUCUGCAGUCACAUCUGAAGAAGCAUCAAAAGUUGAACUUGAAAAGAUUGAUAAAGAAGUUGGUCAGGUUGCAAAGUCUUUAGCACUACAACGUGUCUUUGGCAAAUCCCAAAGUCCAGAAAAAAGAGAGGUCACUCCCCAUAAAAUACUUUUGGAAGAAGAGCCCCAGCAGCUGAUAGCUGAGACACAGGAAGUUUCUGAAAAAAUUAUAAAAGAAGAAAUUAUAGUUGACCAGUCAGUGAAGGAACCUAAAGUCAAAGCUAUGAAAGCAAAGCGUAAACUGAACGUAAAUCAAAGCCUCAAUCAAGACUCAUCUCAAAAUCACAAGCUCACGGAAUACUUUGCUGUCCGUCGUAGCGUCCGCAAACCUAAGACAGCUAUUUUAGAGGAAAAACAAAGGAACCUCGAGGAAUCCGUAUUGUCUGGGAAAGAAGAUGGGUUACAAGUCCACAAUUUUCCAGGCAAAGGGCGUGGAAUAGUUGCGACUCAAUUGUUUCGAAGAGGCGAAUUCGUAGUUGAGUAUUCCGGGGAUCUCAUUGAUAUGACUGAAGCUCGUGAAAGAGAGAAACUUUAUGCAGCAGACCAAAAUACUGGAUGCUAUAUGUACUAUUUUCAGCAUAAAAAUCAGUCAUACUGUGUCGAUGCCACUUUGGAAUCUCAACGUCUCGGUCGUCUCGUUAAUCACAGUCGACAGUCCGGCAAUUUAAUGCCAAAAGUUAUUGAGAUCAAAGAUAGGCCGCAUUUACUUCUUGUUGCCCGCUCCGAUAUACUACCAGGGGAAGAAUUACUUUACGACUACGGAGACCGCAGCCGAGUUUCUCUGAAAUACCACCCAUGGCUGGCAUCUUAAAUUCCAACCUAGUGUAGUUUUUCAGUAAUUCAAGUUCCCACCAAUUCUCAAAGGACUCCACAAUUUUUUGUCUUCUCAAGUCCUGGUAUUAGAUUAAAAAGGGGAACUUCCUUACACACUUUGUACAAAAAAAUAUCAUUGCCUUUUUUUGCUCUCAAUAGCGUUACAGUGUACUUUGCUAUAAUUUGACCAUAAUGUAAAAACCGAUUUCUUGUGUUCACUUUCAAGUAAGCAAAUUUACGUUACAGGAUUUGAAGUUAACGUGAUUUAAACGUCUACCAGGUACAUGCUAAAUGGUGAGAUUUUGUAACCGAAAGGUAAUUCCCACUGCCAAAUGAAUUGAUACAUAUUAGGUUAACAUUUUUCACCAUU